UUUUUUUCUUUUUAAUUUUUUUUACCUGGAUUACUGAGAUGCAUCAGGACGUUUUAAAUUUUACAUCAAAGCCUCUUUAGAUUUUAGACAAUUGAGUUCAAUAAACUGAGAUGCUUUUAAAGCAAAACUUUCCAUCGUUUUAUAUAAUUAUAGCUCUGUUUGCUUCACAUGUAACUUAUUGAAAAAAAAAAAGACUUUCUCUUGCUGCCUGUUUGUCUCCUUCUCCUUCACUCACCGGUUCUCAGACAUGAUGUUUGCUGCCAGCAACAGCUGCUCAUUAAACCUGCAUCCUUCAGCUUUGAACCACUUACUUUAAUCUAAACAUUCGAAUUAUUACAGUUUUUAUUCGAGCCCAGCAAAAACAGUUGUCACUUUAUCGCUAUAUUUCUUAGUGAGGAAUGAAAGUAUUUAUCAUGGGGUUUGGGUUAUUUAACCCUGUAUGGAUGUGAAGUUUAUCAGUGUUUACAUGAAGAGUCUGGAGGUCGUGCUCCAGCCAUCUGUCCACCAGCUGCUUGUUAUGUUUCUGGCAUAAAUAUUUCACCGGAUCACUACACGGAUGUCAAAUAAAAUCACAAUUUAUUCAAUUUUAAUCCAAUUACUAAACUUUCCUGACUGCUCUACGGUUCUUUGUCUGCAUUCGUUUUAUUGAAUUUAAAUAGAAAUCAGUAAAAUAGAUAAUAGAGCCUCUUAAGCUUGAUUCAUCAAGACUCUUUGAUUAGUAUGUUUUCACUCAGAAUAAACAUGUUGGAUUUCCCUCUAACACAAAGUAAAUGAUGAAAAGUUUUGCUAAAAGACAUGAUUGUGCAACAGUUUUAAAGCGUAAUAUGUUUUAAACCACUCUCAGCUACUACCACACCAAAUUUAAGCUCAAUAUGUGGAAAACUGAGUGUGUGUUUGGUCUUUUUUGUUAGUGUGAUCGUCUUGCCUUGGUCAGCUGGUUAAAAGAGUUGCAUCCAGUAGAGUUUCUUUAAUGUCCUGUUGUUGAAAAUGUGUUUUUCUAACAUGACAAAUCGCCCAAAACGAAGUAUGUUUCACUCAAAUUAGUAACAGCAACAUUAAACACUAAUAAACAAAGAAAAUUUGUCAUUUUUGGCAACGGUUGGAGAAGAAACACGUCACCUAAAACCUGCGGCCAACAUGUUCUCACUUAGCCACGAGGGGGCGCUGCUGUUCAAAUACACCUGAUGCGAGAGAGAGAGAGAGAGAGAGAGAGAGAGAGAGAGAGAGAGAGAGAGAGAGAGAGACGUAAAAGUCAAAUUGGUAUCAUUAAAUCUCUCCGAGCGGUCUUCAGGAUCCAUCCUAAUUGGAUAUCUGCCAGUUUUGACAAGUUUAGUUCAGAUGAAACGACUUUAGGCAGCGGAGGAGGUCAUUAGGUGGAGCUCACUGAUAGGUUUCCUGAAGUGAAGUGGCUUCAACACUAAAGUGUCUUCUAAGUGUUUAAAUGUGUGUUUUUGAAGAGAGGAAAAUGGAUUGUUUCUCCUUGAAAAGAUAUUGGAGAUAUAUUUCUGCUGUAAUUUUUAUUUAUAUUCUCCUCCACGUGUUUCCACCCCGAUCUAAAGUUGUGUGGUUGUCUGUGUGAUUAAAAUAAAAAGCCAGGGCGCGCUCCGUGGUUAUUACGCACCAUGUUCCAAAAGUUUCCCCAAGACGUACAAAGAAAAAGAAUACAAAUUAUUGAUUGUCCAUCAUGGCUGUGAUACUGUUUAGGUUUGAUUCACUGUUAAAAUAAAAAUAAAAUWAAAAAAUUAAAAAGGACGUCCACGUUAUUGGAUGAAGGAAUCUCUCCACCCUCCUCCGGUCGGAUCAGAUCAGCCACGAACAUCGUGACGUGUUUCUGUGCACGGAGCACAUUAGGAGGGACGGGUAGGGUCUCUGACGCGCGACUCGGGUCCGUUGACGGCAUCUGGCCCCCUUUUAAGCGUCAGGGAGUCAAAACGGGAGACCCCCCAACGCUGGUCCACGCGCCUCAGAGAGACUGGGACAAAUGUUAUGCGCCCUUUUUUUUAUAUCUGAGAGCGCCACAUGACUGUAGGAAUACCCCAGGUCUUCAUGCCUUCCAGCUCCUAGCAGAAGACCGCUGCGACAAUGGCCAUCCACGUGGAGGGGCUCGUGGCCAUCGCCUUCUUCUACCUGCUGAUCCUGUUCGUGGGCAUCUGGGCGGCGUGGAAGAACAAGCACUCCGGGGAGGCGGAGGGCACCGACCGCAGUGAGACCAUCAUGGUGGGGGGCAGGGACAUCGGGCUGUUUGUUGGAGGAUUCACCAUGACAGCGACCUGGGUUGGAGGGGGCUACAUCAACGGCACAGCUGAGUACGUCUAUCUUCCGGGUUAUGGUUUGGCGUGGGCUCAAGCCCCCUUUGGAUAUGCUCUCAGCCUGGUUGUUGGUGGUCUUUUUUUCGCCAAACCCAUGCGCUCCAGGGGUUACGUCACCAUGUUGGACCCCUUCCAGCAGCUGUAUGGGAAACGUAUGGGGGGGCUUCUCUUCAUACCUGCACUCAUGGGGGAGAUUUUCUGGUCUGCUGCCAUCUUGUCGGCCCUCGGGGCCACUCUAAGCGUCAUUGUGGACAUCAACAUUAAGAUGUCGGUGGUUAUCUCUGCACUCAUUGCCAUCUUUUACACCCUGGUUGGAGGACUGUACUCUGUGGCCUACACUGAUGUGGUGCAGCUCUUUUGUAUCUUUGUUGGCCUGUGGAUCAGCGUCCCCUUUGCUCUGACCAACGCUGCGGUGUCAGACAUCACUGUUACUGCAGUAAAGCAGGUUUACCAGUCACCGUGGAGAGGCAGCYUCAAGAAGGAAGACACCUGGGUUUGGAUCGACAACUUCUGUCUCCUGAUGCUGGGAGGAAUUCCCUGGCAAGUUUAUUUCCAAAGGGUGCUCUCAGCCUCCUCGGCCACCUACGCACAGGUCCUCUCCUUCCUGGCUGCGUUCGGGUGCCUCGUCAUGGCCGUGCCGUCCGUUCUCAUCGGGGCCAUCGGGGCCUCCACAGACUGGAACCAGACCAGUUAUGGCUCCACUUCUCCUAAAGAGAACGAUGAAGCAGACAUGAUUCUCCCCAUCGUGCUCCAGCAUCUUUGUCCCCCGUUUGUUUCGUUUUUUGGUUUGGGGGCAGUCUCUGCAGCUGUCAUGUCAUCUGCAGACUCCUCCAUCCUCUCAGCCAGCUCCAUGUUCGCGAGAAACAUCUACCAGCUGGCCUUCAGACAGUCAGCCUCUGACCGUGAAAUUGUGUGGGUGAUGCGAAUCACCAUCUUUGUGUUUGGCGGCCUCGCCACCCUGAUGGCUCUGGUGACCGGCACCGUCUACGGCCUCUGGUACCUGAGCUCCGAUCUGGUUUACGUCAUCAUCUUCCCCCAGCUGCUCAGRGUGCUCUUCGUCAAAGGCACCAACACGUACGGCUCCGUGGCCGCGUACCUGUUCGGCCUGCUUCUGCGCAUAGGUGGCGGUGAACCGUACCUGCAGCUGCCCCCUUUCAUUUAUUACCCCGGCUGGACGACGGAGCUGAAGAAAGACCACUUCACGGGGAAUAUGGAYGAAAUCGUUAUACAGAAGUUCCCCUUUAAGACCGUCUCCAUGUUGGCCUCGUUCGUCGGGAACUUUGCCUUCUCCUACCUGGCCAAGUACUUGUUUGAGAGCGGGAAGAUCUCUCACAAGUACGACUUUCUGGACGCGGUGGUGUCCCGGCACAGCGGGGAGAUAAUGGAUAAAACGACUCUGGUGGCUCGGGGCAACAACAUCGGGCUGUCGGAGAUGGUGUCCGUCAAACCGCGGCUGAGCGUGACCUUGGCGGCCGCCUUCGCCCGCCGCGACACGCUGCCCGCGGAAACGGUGGAGGAAGAGGAGGAGGAGUCCAGUCCUGACUCCUCCCACCACGAGGAGGAAUGACGACGUUCGGAUUUCAUUUAGAGAACGAGGGACAGCCAUGAGCGCCCGGCUGAACUGGACGGGAGCCGAAGGACUAUAACAGGGGUGGGCAAUCCUGGUCCUCGAGGGCCGCAGCCCUACAGGUUUUAUGAUUUUCCCU